AUGUCAAACAUAGAUUUUGAAGACUAUGAAUUUUAUGAUGAUUCAGAUUUUGAAAUCAAUACAGUUGAUGAAUCUGUAAUGACCUAUUCAUCAGUAUUUGAUUUUCUUCGUUUUGGUAAAAUACCAAAAUUUGAUACUCAAACGAAAAUGAAACAUUUCAAAGACAACAUUUCAAAAUAUAGAAUCGAAAGUAAAGAUAUACUUCAUACCAAUGUAGAUUCAAAAAUACUCCGAAGAUUAUCAGAAAUCCCAAGAGUUGAAAAGAUUUUCCCUGAUCCAAAUACAUUACAAUUGGAAGUUUUCAAACCUAAUCAUGAACUUAGAAAUUCUAAUGGUGAAUUAUUAUCAAAACAUAGACCAUUACAAGAAACUUUAAAAUUAAUUGAAAAACAGUAUUAUUGGGAAUGUAAGUUUAUACAUACAUCAAUGGAAGUUGAUAUUACAAAAUUAUAUAGUUUUUGUGAUUUAUGUUCACAAUCAUCGGUAUCUAGAGAUAUGGAUAUUGAUUCAAAUGAUGAAGAUAAAAUAUUAGAACAAAUGGAUAUAGUUGAAAAAUCAUUUUCAAAUGAUAGAAAUAAUAAUAAUAAUAAUGAUGAUAAUAAUAAAAGUAUAGAUGAAAAAGAUAAAAUGAAUAUAUGUGGAAUUGGUAUUGACCUUGAAGCAAUAAAGGAAGGUAAAUUAUUCGAGGAUGAAUUAGCUGAAGCUUUAGGUUUCCCUGAAUAUAAUUCAAGUGUUGAUAAUAGUUUUAAUUCAAGUGUAAAUAAUAGUAAUUUAAAUAAUAGUAGUUUAAAUAAUAGUUUAAAUAAUAGUAAAAAUAAUAAUAAUAAUGAUGAUGAUAAUAAUAAUAAUAACAAUAACAAUAAUGAUGAUAAUAAUAAUAAUAAUAAUAAUAAUAAUAAUAAUAAUAAUAUUAUUAGUAAUAUUGAUAAUAAUAAUAAUAAUAAUAAUAACAAUAAUAAUAUUAGUAAUAUUGAUAAUAGUAAUAAUAAUAAUAAUAACAAUAAUAAUAAUAAUAAUCCAGUAAAUGAUGAUUUUUCAUUUAUAAUACCAAAAGAUUAUCAAUCAAAGAAUCAUUUAAAUGAUAAUGAAAAUAAAGAUGAUGAAAAAGAUGAUGAUAAAGAUGAUGAUAAAGAUGAUGAUAAAGAUGACAAAGAUGAUGAUAAGGAUGAUGAUAAAGAUGAUGAUAAAGAUGAUAGUAAAGAUAAUGGAUAUAUAAAAACAAAUGUUUCAUUAUCUUCCUCUUCUUCAAGUGAUAAUGAAAGAGAUGAUGGUGAUAGUCAUAGUGAUAAAAGUGUAGAUAAUGAUGAAAAUAAUAAUAAUAAUAUAAAUAAUAUUAUUUCAGAUUGUAAUAAUAAUAAUAAUAAUAAUAAUAAUAAUAAUAAAAUAAAUGGUAGAACUUUUACAAGUAGAAGAACAAGAAGUGAUAGUAAUACUAGUAAUAGUAGUGUUGGUAGUUAUAUAAGUAAUAGUAGUAAAAGUAGUGCCAACAGUUAUGAUUUUUCAAGUAGCGAUCAAGACUAUAAAUCACCAAACUCGCCAACCGUUAAAAAAACUAGAGGUGCAUCUCUGGUGAACAAUAACAAUAACAAUAACAAUAACAAUAACAAUAACAAUAACAAUAACAAUAACAAUAACAAUAACAAUAACAAUAACAAUAACAAUAACAAUAAUAACAAUAACAAUAAUAUUAACAAUAGUAUACUUAAACCAAAAUUAAAAAGUAAAAGAGCGAGUGCAUCUACUGCAAUCAAUUCAUUCAUUUCACAAUUUAUAACACCAAAACAUCCCCCAAAAUCAUCUUCAAGAUUAAAACGUGCUAAUCGUUCUAAUGAUAGCAGUGAUAGUGGUGAUAGCAGUAGUAAUAAUAGUAGUAGAAGUAGUAGUGAUAGUAGUGAUAAUGAAAAUAACAACUCCUAUUAUUUACCAAUACAAUCAAGAAGAUCAACAUCAAAACAAAUUCUAAAGGAUCACUUAAAAUCUCCAACUAAAAAACCAAGAAGAAUAAUUGAGGAGGAUUUCUAUCAUGUUGAAGAAAAGAAAUCACCUACCUCUAAAAUAUCUACACCCAUUUCAAGAUCAGCUUCAUAUAAUUUCGGUAGAUCUUCACCAGGUUCUUCACCAGGUUCUUCACCAUCUUUAUCACCUUAUUCUUCACCACCACAAUCACCUCCACAUGUAUAUAAUCACAAUAAUAAUAAUAAUAAUAAUAAUAAUAAUAAUAAUAAUAAUAAUAAUAAUAAUAAUAAUAAUAAUAAUAAUAAUAAUAAUAAUAAUAAUAAUUAUAAUAAUAAUAAUAAUAAUAAUAAUAAUAUAAGAUCAAUUUUAAAAUCACCACAGUCACCAAGUAUUUCACCAAUUAAAACACCACGACGUUCACCACAACAACAACAACAACUACAAUUACAACUACAAAAUUAUAUUCCAAUGCCAACAAAAACAAAAACCCCUACAAAAGCUCCUUAUGUACCAAAUUAUGCAUUAGCCCCAAUAGAACCAAAACCAACUCAAAAAACACCGGUGCAUGUAUUUGGCGGAAAUCAAUUAUCAGUUAAAAAGAGGCAAACAAUUGAAGAUAUGAUUACAGAGGUAUUGAAAAUGAAUGUUGAUACUGCAGCAUUGAAACUACCAUUACCAAAGGUUGGACAACACGUUGAAGGUAAAUCCAAUAUGGAGGAUUAUAAAGAUGCUUGGUUUAAAGGUGUAGUUAAAGAAGUAUUACCAAAUGAUUUCUUUUUAAUUUCAUAUAUUGAUGGUGGUGAAGAAGAACUAUCCUAUACAAGAUUAAAACCAAAUCUCACCUCUGAAUUAGAACCAUUGAAAUUGGAGGAGAUUGUAGUUGGGGGUGAAUACCUAGGAAGUUAUCGUAACUUUUAUUAUAAUGUUUACGUCUUGGAAAUUUUAAGACAUUCAAUUAGAGUUUAUUUUGCUGAUUUGGAAAUGGCAAAAACUAUAAAAUAUAGUCAACUUUAUUUAUUAUCAAGUUUUGUUAAACGAUAA